AUGAUGCGCUGCUGCCUCUACCCUCCACCGGCGGCACUGACAUAUACUUCAUGCAAACAGCUUCCAGACCAUAAGCCAAGCACACCGCUGAAGGGUCGCAGCCUCUAUCCCGCACCAGAGCCUCUGACCUAUGCUGGUAUAACAUCCACAGACCCGUUACAAACAUGUUGUCAACCAAAGGUGGAACUGUUGCCGCAGGAACGAACACCGGAAAGCAUGGCAUCAGCUCAACGGCACGGGAGCAUUGCCAUCAUGGGUCUUGACAAUGCUGGCAAAACUACGCUUCUACGAAUGCUCGAGGAUGACAAGAUUGUAGAGCAUGAGCCAACCGUUCACGCACAGAAGAGGCAGCUGGUUUUAGAGGACAAUCACUUUGAAGCACUGGACUUGGGAGGGCAUCAGACUGUGCGAAUCCUUUGGAAGAAGUAUGCUCUGCAUGCGGCAGGCAUCGCCUUCCUUGUAGAUGCGGCUGACCGCACACGGUUUCAAGAGGCUUCGGAAGAGCUCGGGCAACUUCUUGAUGAGCCGCUGUUGGGUCACAUACCCGUUGCGACUAGGAUGCCCAGUAUUGCCCUCAUUCCCAUUUUGAGGGGUUAA